GUGAGUUGACUCAGAAACCCCGGAUCACUUCACUAGGGACACUGGACUUUGUCCUUCUCCUUUGUGAGGAAGUCUCGGUUGUUUGUCGUCAGCUGAGGUACAAGAACGAGGUUUGUCAGGUCAGUGCUGAACAUGUUCAGGAGUAACAGCCCCUUUGGCAAUGACACCAGCAGCUUCACGGGAUCCAUCCAGUCCAAUGGUUUGUCUUUGGAUGAGAUUUCCUCCCAGUUCUCAAGUGUGUCGAGGCCCAGUGCAAAGUCAAUUUAUUUGCAGAGGAUGGAGUAUGCAGAGUCAGUCAACAAGAUGAUGAACAAAUUUCAGUACAAAGUGGAGCACCUGUUCACUUGUGACCUGGAUGGGAAGGGGUUGAGAUGCAUAGCGGACUGCGUGGAGAGGCUGAAGCUUCUGGAUGGGAUGGGUCGCGUGUGGGGUCAGAACAUGCAGCUGGAGGUGCGAGCUGCCAACCUGCUGCUCACAGACAUUGAAACCAAGGAGGAGCUGGAGUCCAUGGCUUUCAGCGACAUCCUGGAGCUUCAGGCGGUGCUUGACUCUGGAGUGUUUAAGUCUCUGCUCACACUGUCGGUGCGGCCUAAGGGGAAACAGACCACCACCGUCUACAUGUUUCAGUGUGAGGAAGUCCGGGCGGACUUUGUCCAGAAGGAUCUGCUAGGAGCGUUUUCUCGUAUGAGCAGCAAUGCAGGACUAAUAGCAGGACAUCAGGGAAUGGAAAACCUUUAUAGCGCCGCAAAAUCGGAUGAACCUAAAGAGCGGAAGCUUGAUCGGUGGAUGGCUCCUGACUAUGAGGAGAAGGACUUUCUGGAGCCUGAACUGGUUGUACCUCAGGAGGAGGUCCUGGCUUCCAGAGAGGAGACGCCAUUGCCGCCUCACUCAAUCAACAAAGAAGAACCUCAUUCUACCUCACGGCCGUACACAGACCUCGACAGGAACGUAGAUAUCUUGAAUCAUGUUUUAAGUGACAUAGAAAUCUUCAUGGGCAAAGUAGCUGCAAUAGUAGCUAAAAACACAAAGAAAAAGAAGAAAAAUAAAAAAGGAAAAGCUAUGGACGGGAUGCCCCCUGCAGCGGAAUUUAAAGUGUGUUUGCAUAAAAUCAAAUAUGGUUUCAACCUUGUGGGGGAGCUAAGCGGAAUAAUUAACAAUCCCAGUGCUCCGGACUUUGUUCACUCCUUAUUCUCCGCACUAUCAUUCCUGGUGUCUCACUGCGCCGACACUCUGCCUGAGACCAUCGUGGCCCCUCUGCUGACGCCUCAGUGUAUCCGUCUCCUGAGUGAAGAAGCCUCCCCGGAGGAGGACAAGCUGUGGCAGUCUCUGGGAGACGCCUGGAACAUCCCCAGCACUAAAUGGCCAGAAGAUGACAAGGACAUCCCGACGUACACUCUGGAGUUAUCUGACGGCUGGCAGCCUCCUGAUGUGUCUGCUGCACUUGAAUCUUAUGAACCAAUCAGGAGGCAGGAGCAUCAACGACCUGCACCCCGCCGGGUUGACCUUCACACCAUGCAUCCAACUUCCACCAAGUGGACACCACCACAACCCCCCCCACAAAAGUCACGCUCAGGUGAGUCGAAAAUGUGUUGCAUGGUCAUUACGAACGACUUCACCUCAAGAAACAAGAGAGAGCUCACCGUCAGAAGAGGAGAAACGGUGGAGCUGCUGGACAAGUCGAAGCAGUGGUGGAAAGUGAGGAACAGCAGAGGAGAGGAGGGCUUCGUACCCAAUAAUGUCCUGGGGAGUCCUGACGAGGUGGACACCACUAACGCAACACAGCCUACUGGAGGCUCUCCUGUCCUCGCAAAGAAGUCCAAGCCGGCAGAAGUGAAAGCCUGGCUGGAAGAAAAGGGCUUUAGUAAAAUCACCGUUCGCUGUCUGGGGGUGCUGAGUGGCUCCAUGCUGCUGGGGAUGACCAGAGAGGAACUGAAGACCGUGUGUCCAGAGGAAGGGGGCCGGGUCUUCUUCCAGUUACAAGCGGUCAAGUCUGCUAUUUCCACGUAAAAAAGAGACUGAACGAGAGGACAUCACAGGAGAAAAAGAAACCAAUGUGGUUUAGAAACAAGUCACCAAACACUUUCAAAUCAAGCAAUAAAAAGUGAGGUAAUGUUUACAGCUUGUUUCCAAUGAUAUAGAAUCCUGUGAAACUUUAUAUCAUAUAAUAUGUCCUAUAGAAGUGUAUAUUAUUGUCAGUCUGCGUCAUUCAAAAAGUGAUUAAAUUAUAACAAUACUAUGAUAAAAGUAUGUAAGGUAUUUAGCAAAGUGAUUAAGUUUUGUAACUCAGAAUGGGGAAAAGCAAAAAGCUUAUUGUAUGUAGUCAUUAUUUAACCUGUAAAUAAAAAGUUAUCGGACAACGCGUUUUGAGUGACUUAACAUGCUUUAUUUCAUUGUUCCGACA